GUGCCAGGGGAGGUGCAGGGUGCAGAGGGAGUGUGGGUGCUCUGGAGCCACUGGCAGUGGCUCUGCCACCCACCCACGGGCAGGGAGGAGGGGGAACAGAUGUGGAACUGAUGGAGGCCCCCAGCAGCACCAACAUGGAGCUGCUGGCAGAGGUGGAGGCAGAUCUGCAGGGCUGGAGUGAGGCUGGAUCCCCAGGGACACAGCAGGGAGGGGGUGUGGAUCCAGGAGUGCAGCUGGAGAAGGAAAAACCAGAGGUAGGGCUGGGAGAAGAAACAGGGGCUGCUGCAGUGCACAGUGAGGGUCCUUCCCCUGCAGAAACACCUGUGGGCAGCCCAGACUGGUGUGGGCUGUUCCCAGGUACGUCUCAGGCACUGGUGGAGGCAGAUCUGCAGCUCUCUGGGGGUCCCAGCCCAGAAAACCCCCAGGGAGGGAAGGGGGAAAGAGCUGUUCAGCUCCCAGAGAAUGAGGAAGAGGAUGGGGCACAAGGACAGGGUGAGCAGGGGCUGCCACAUGGGCCAGUGCCUCAUCCCACUGGGGUGACCUUGGGUCAGGGGGAGGGGGCUGGUGCAGGGCCAGAGCUAAAGGAGAAUGCUGAAAGCCUGGACACUACUGAGGAGCAGGGCAGUGGUGCCAAUGUGCAGCUGAUGGCAGAGGGGGAUGAGCUCAGAGUGAGCCCAGGAGGGAGCACAGAGACAAAUCUGCAGGUCUGGGGUGAGGCUGGAUCCUCAGGGACAGAGCAGGGAAGGAAUGUGGAUCCAGAUGUGCAUCCCCUGGAUCAGGAGGGUAAAGCAGAGGUUUUGGAAAGGAAGGCAGAGGAUGUCCAGGCAGAUAUGGUGUUCCAUGAGGGUCCCAGCCCAGGAAACCCAUGGGGAGGGGAGGGUGAAAGAGCUGCUCAGCUGGAGGAGGAGGAGGAUGGGGCACAAGGACAGGGUGAGUAUGGGCUGUCACACGAGCCUGAGCUUGAUAUGGACAGAUCAGGGGUCAGGCAGGGAGGGGAGGCUGAUGAAGACAUGCAAGCACAGCAAGAGGCUGAAAGCCUGGACACUACUGAGGAGCAGAGCAGUGGUGCCAAUGUGCAGCUGAUGGCAGAGGGGGAUGAGCUCAGAGUGACCCAAGGAGGGAGCACAGAGGCAAAUCUGCAGCCCUUGGGUGAGGCUGGAUCCUCAGGGACAGAGCAGGGAGGGAAACUGGAUCCAGAGGUGCAGCCUCUGCAUCAGGAGGAUAAAGCAGAGGUUUUGGAAAGGAAGGCAGAGGAUGCCCAGGCAGAUAUGGUGUUCCAUGAGGGUCCCAGCCCAGGAAGCCCAUGGAAAGGUCAGGGUGAAAGAGCUGCUCAGCUGGAGGAGGAGGAGGAUGGGGCACAAGGACAGGGUGAGCAUGGGCUGUCACACGAGCCUGAGCUUGAUCUGCAGGGAUCAGUAGCUGAGCAUGGUGAAGGGGCUGAUGAAGACAUGCAAGCUCAGGAAGAGGCUGAAAGCCUGGACACUACUGAGGAGCAGAGCAGUGGUGCCAAUGUGCUGCUGAUUGCAGAGGAGGAUGAGCUCAAAUCAGCCUCAGGAGAAAGCACAGGGGCAGAUCUGCAGCCCUUAAUCCAGACUGACUCCACGGGGGCAGAGCAGAGAGGGAAUGUGGCUCCAGAUGUGCAGUCCCUGGAUCAGGGGGAUAAAGCAGAGGUAGUGGAAAGGGAGGCAGAGGAGUCCUGGACAGACACUCAGCUGUGUGUGACUGCCAGCCCAGAAACUCCCCGUGGAGGGGAGCUCUGUGCAGCUGUGCAGCCCAGGGAUGGGGGACAGGGACAGGGUGUGCGUGGGCAGAUGCAGGAGCUGGUGCCUGACCCAUCUGGAGUGGCCAUCAGACAGAGAAGGGGGACAGAUGGAGGUGUGCAGCCAGUGGAGGAGGCUGAAAGCUUGGACACAGUGGAAGAGCAGAGCAGUGGUGCCAUUGUGCAGCUGAUGGCAGAGGGGGAUGGGCUCAGACUGACCCAAGGAGGGAGCACAGAGACAAAUCUGCAGCCCUUGGGUGAGGCUGGAUCCUCAGGGAAGGAGCAGGGAGGGAGCGUGGAUCCAGAGGUGCAGCCUCUGCAUCAGGAGGGUAAAGAAGAGUUGGUGGAAGGGAAGGCAGAGGAUGCCCAGGCAGAUAUGGUGUUCCAUGAGGUUCCCAGCCCAGGGGCUCCAUGGGGAGGGGAAGGUGAAAGAGCUGCUCAGCUGGAGGAGGAGGAUGGGGCACAAGGACAGGGUGAGCAUGGGCUGUCACACGAGCCUGAGCUUGAUCUGCAGGGAUCAGGAGCUGAACAUGGUGAAGGGGCUGAUGAAGACAUGCAAGCAGAGGAAGAGGCUGAAAGCCUGGACACUACUGAGGAGCAGAGCAGUGGUGCCAAUGUGCAGCUGAUGGCAGAGGGGGAUGAGCUCAGACUGACCCGAGGAGGGAGCACAGAGACAGAUCUGCAGCCCUUGGGUGAGGCUGGAUCCUCAGGGACAGAACAGGGAGGGAAACUGGAUCCAGAGGUGCAGUCCCUGCAUCAGGACGAUAAAGCAGAGUUGGUGAAAGGGGAGGCAGAGGAUGUCCAGGCAGAUAUGGUGUUCCAUGAGGAUUCCAGCCCAGAAGGCCCACAGGGAGGAGAGGGUGAAAAAGCUGCUCAGCUGGAGGAGGAGGAUGGGGCACAAGGACAGGGUGAGGAUGAGCUGCUACAUGAGCCUGAGCUUGAUAUGGACAGAUCAGGGGUCAGGCAGGGAGAGGGGGCUGGUGAAGACAUGCAAGCAGAGGAAGAGGCUGAAAGCCUGGACACUGCUGAGGACAAGAGCACUGGUGCCAAUGUGCAGCUGAUGGCAGAGGGGGAUGAGCUCAGAGUGAGCCCAGGAGGGAGCACAGAGGCAAAUCUGCAGGUCUGGGGUGAGGCUGGAUCCUCAGGGACAGAGCAGGGAGGGAAACUGGAUCCAGAGGUGCAGCCUCUGCAUCAGGAGGAUAAAGCAGAGGUUUUGGAAAGGAAGGCAGAGGAUGCCCAGGCAGAUAUGGUGUUCCAUGAGGGUCCCAGCCCAGGGGCUCCAUGGGGAGGGGAAGGUGAAAGAGCUGCUCAGCUGGAGGAGGAGGAGGAUGGGGCACAAGGACAGGGUGAGCAUGGGCUGUCACACGAGCCUGAGCUUGAUCUGCAGGGAUCAGGAGCUGAGCAUGGUGAAGGGGCUGAUGAAGACUUGCAGGCAGAGGAAGAGGCUGAACGCCUGGACACUACUGAGGAGCAGAGCAGUGGUGCCAAUGUGCAGCUGAUGGCAGAGGGGGAUGAGCUCAGAGUGAGCCCAGGAGGGAGCACAGAGGCAAAUCUGCAGGUCUGGAAUGAGGCUGGAUCCUCAGGGACAGAGCAGGGAGGGAGUGUGGAUCCAGAGGUGCAGCACCUGGACCAGGAGGAUAAAGCAGAGUUAGUGGAAGGGGUGGAAGGGGAGGCAGAGGAUGCCCAGGCAAUUCUGCAGCUCUCAGAGGGUCUCAGCUCAGGGGCUCCAUGGGUGGAGGGGAGAGGAGCCCUUCAAAAUGAGGAGGAAGAGGAGGGUGGGGCAGACGUACCAGGUGAGAAUGGGCUGCCACAGGAGUCUGUGCUUGCUCCAGAAGAAGCAGGAGACCAGCAGGGAGAGGGGCCUGGUGCACAGCCACAGGAGGAGGCUGGAAGGCUGCACACACUGGAGGCCCAGAGCACUGAUGCUGGUGUGCAGCUGUUCACAGACCAGCAGAUGCCCAAAUCAGGCUCAGGAGGGAGCACAGAGGCAGAUCUGACACCCCUGGGUGUAGCUGGGUUGUGGGAAGGGGAGCAGGGCCUGACUCCAGGUUUGGAGGCAGUUCUGGGGACAUCUCCCACUGCAAAGCCAUGGGAAGGGGCUGCUGCUGCAGAUGUGCCCCCUCCAGCUGAGGCUGCCACUGCUGCAGAGGGCCCCGGUCUGGAGGCAAAACUGGGAGCGUGCAUUGCUCCUGAGGGGCAGAUUCUGGAGGCACAGGAAUUACUGCAGGGAGAGAGGGCUCCUGCAGAGGGGAAGCCUCUGGAUGGAGCUCAUGGUCUGGAAGUGGCACAGGGAGAGAGGCUGGAGGCAGGGGUGAGGAAUGGAGUGAAAACUCAGGGUCUAGGACUAAACCAGGGCCAUGAUGAUGCUGAGUUGGCCUCCCUGGUCUCCGAGGUGCUGUCACAACUCAGCCCCCUAAAGCUGGAAACGAUGAUGCAGGAGGAUGUUCUCAUUCCAGAUGUGUGGCGGCUUUGUGCUCCGGGACAGGCAGCCCAAAGGGAGCCUCAGGAGCAGGUUUCAGCACAGGGACAUGAGGGGAGGCUUCACAAGGUGACCCAACAGCCAGAGGGGGAGACACCACCCACGAGGGAACCGGAGCACACGGCUGCUGGACCUGCUGAGCAUCCCAAGCAAGAGGUGCCACCAGCAUCACCACUGCACAAGGCAGUGCAACCAGGAGAUGCUGGGAAUGAUCAGCUGGGGGUGGUCCUCAGAGAAAACUCACUGGGGCAAAGGCAGCUCUUGGGAGAGCAGAGCAAAGACAUCAGUGUUGGUCAAAGAGAGAAGAUGCAAGAAUUUGGUGAGAAAAUGAGCCAGGAAGGUGAGCCCAGCUCAGGGGCUGUGACUGCAGCUGGGGCAGGAGCUGCCCCACAGGGUUGUCCUAAAGCUGCCCUGGACCCAGACCACCUGUACAACGUGCUGUUUGUGGGGGACUCCCACGUGGGCAAAACGUCGUUCCUGUACCGUUUGCACGCCGACACCUUCAACCCUCACCUCACGGCCACUGUGGGACUGGAUUACCAGAUCAAAAACCUCGUUGUGGAUAACAAGCGCUUUGCUCUGCGCCUGUGGGACUCAGCUGGUCAGGAAAGGUACCGCAGCAUGACCAAGCAGUUUUUCCGGAAGGCGGACGGGGUGGUGCUGAUGUACGACAUCACCUCCGAGUACUCCUUCUCCGACGUGCGCUACUGGCUCAGCUGCAUCCAGGAAGGAGCAGAGGAUGGAGUGGCUGUUCUGCUUCUUGGGAACAAAACCGACUGUGCUGCCCAGAGACAGGUCCCUACAAAGGAGGGAGAAUGCCUGGCCAAGGAGCACCAGCUCAUGUUUUAUGAGUGCAGCGCUGCCUCAGGCCACAACGUCUUCGAGUCCAUGGUCAGCUUCACCAGGUUGCUCAAAGUUCGUGAGGAUGAAUUCAAAAACAAGGCAGAAGAGGUACCAAAGGCACCCCAGAAGAAAAAGGGCUGCUGCUGGUGAUGGAGAGACACCCCACACACUGAUCUGAAACUGCACCAACAGCCAGAAAAGCAUAAAAAUAAUCCUUGGA